AUGUCACUCACCUCAAUUCUUUCAGCUGAGGCCAUUGAAAAUGCUGUCAAGGACUGUCAAGCUCCGGAGACAUUCUGCUACAAAAAGUUCUUCCAGCUGUGUGGCCUGUCCUCAAAGACGCCCCAGGAAGUCAAAGACGUCUUCCUGAUCCUUGAUGAGGACAACAGCGGCUUCAUUGAGGAGUCUGAGCUCAAGUACUUUCUGCAGAGGUUUGUCCCCGGGGCGCGGACACUGACUGAGGCAGAAACCAAGAACUUCAUCUCAGCAGCUGAUGAUGACAGUGAUGGCAAAAUUGGAGCAGAGGAGUUCCAGACUAUGGUCCUGUCCUGA